AUGGAGUCACAACCGGUCGAGGAUAUCCUCGAGGAAAGCUAUCGGAAGUUUACCCACAUCCCUCCCGACUUCCACCUUCUCUGUCCCAAGGUCGACGAGGAUGAUUUUGAGGACUACGAAGACCUGAAUACCGAAGGCGAAGCCAUCACAGCUCCCGAGAAGAAGGAGAGAGUAGAAAAAUGGAAGGAGCGGAUCGACAUUGCCUACUGGACCAGUCUUCUGCUCGCGUACGGCAAGGACAAGGCUGGCGUCUGGCUCGACGCCUGGGGCAGCCGGAUGGCCAUCAAUCUCCACAACUGCGACAAGUGCGUUCUCAACUGGCACAUGUAUCGGAAGAAGUAUCUUCAGGUGUUUGCCGAGAAAUGGCCAGAGGAAGCCGUGGCUGGAAUCGAAAAUUGCCUCCACCGCUUCGAUUUUGACCGAAUCGACAAAGGCCUUCAAUGGGCCAAGGACAUCGUAUUGAAGGUUGAAAAAGAGGGCCGCGCCUUCGUGAGAAACGAUUUGGGCGAAGACCAGGGCGCGGUUCUACUCACCGUCUACGAGGCUCUAUGCUGUAUGGCAUAUGUCAGCGUGCCGGAGAAAAGAACACUGUUCCAGUUCGUCUUCGUCCGCCUCUCUGGCAAGAAGCCACUGAAGCUGGGCGAAAACGUCCUGCUGCCUGCCAUGACUCAAUUUCUAUUUGGAGAGGACAAGAUUCGACUUCAAUUUGCUGAAAAGUCCUGGGAGCGUCUUCGACCAAAGUCUUUGACUCAGGAGCAGUUCAAUUGGGCUGUUCAUGACAACUUGGUGGAGGCCAUUCAGACAGUCUCGGCGCUCAACCCCAGAGACCCCGCAGCCCUUCCAGAGAUCGAGCGUUUCUGGAAAGCCGUCAACUGGAUCAUCAAGACCUUGGACGAGAAGCUCUUGUUACACGGCAUUCGGGGAAUGGAAAUCAAGCCGAGCAUCUACGACUUGCUCUUCGUUCAUAUGCAAUGCGAGUCGGAAGCAAUUUUGUUGCUCAUCAUCCAAGCGUUGACUGUCCUGCUGGAAACGUCUCCGCAGGCGUUCUGGGAUACUAUCGGUGACGCGCGGCCAUUCGUCGUCGUUGAACAGCUUCUAUCUCAGCCUUUAUUCAAGCAGCUGCUUGCGCAGUCUCUGACCUUCGCCAUCACUUACGACGAUGGCACAGGCAAAAACGACUCGGUCGAGUCAAUCACGACUUCGUGGAUCAACACAUGGAUUGCCUCGCUCAAACGUCAGCAAAAAGGUGAUGCUUGCGAACAGCUGCUUCACUUGCUUUUUGAGCAAGUUAUUCAUGAUUCUAGCAUCGGCGAGCAGGGAAAAGCUGCUUGUAUCAGAGCCGGCUUAGAUGCUUUGGAUCACGUUCUCCGAUCAUUCUUGGACCAUACAAUUGAUGUCAUUUCGGGCACCACAUCCGUCUAUAUCAACACGAUUCUCAACGUAACCCUCAAGUACAAGGAUAUCAUCAACGAAGGAGCGGAUACUAGAAGCAAGGAGCAACACACCCUCGGUGUGCCCAAAGCAGCCAUGAGCGUCAUCAGUGCCGCCUUGAGCUUAGACUCCAGGAUGACUGCUGAGGAGCAUCUCGAACUCCGCAAAGCUACGUCGAAGCCUAUUCAAACGGCCGUCACCCGCAAAUCGGCAGAUUUGUGGGACGGCUUUCUGGAAAACCUGUACGAAGGCAAGCUUCUCCUGGCCAAGACCAUGCUCAUGGCCAUGGCUCCACUUAUCAAUGUCGAAAGAUUUCACCCCCCUAGGAAAGACCCUGAAAAGUUGGACGCGGCUAAGAAGAGCUUCAAUACCCGAUUCGUCAAGGUUGCCGAGGCACUCGGGCGCGUUUUACAGCGCAUGUGCGAGUUUACAUCGCCUCAACUCAACGAGCUGUGCCUCAUGGCCCAAAGCAUUCGGCCCAUCAUUGCGUUCACAGUCCACGGUGAGGACGAAAUCAGCAGUGCGAGCGCCGAACUCAUCAAGUUGAUUACCGAACAGCCGUCUAAGGGAGACGCACUCACGGUGUUACUUGAACGGAAUCUGAGCACCACUCUUUCUUCCAUGAUUUUCGCAAUAAGAAGGAUCAUGGAGCCGUCACAUGCGGCAUGGGGACCGGCUCGUAACAUUAUCAACACCGCCAAAGUCGUGCUCUCAAGUCUCAGUGAUCUCUCCUCUGGUAUCCUCAGGUCCAAGACUCUGGACCACAAUGAACAGAUCGCCGUCACAGGCUGGUGGGUUGCUCAUUGGAGAUACAUCGAGGUGGCAUUCACGUCAACCGCUAACUGGUCCCAUCUUGCCGAUAUCAAAGUGAUGCAAGACUUUUGUCGAGAUGUCAUCGAGUUGGCCGACGGCAUGCUCGCCCAGGAUGGCCUCUUCGCAUCAGCUCUGCAAGCAACUACCCUCCAGACCGAUACAAAGCAGGCGAAGCCAAAAGAGGAAGAACUGACUAAGAUGCAACAGCUUCUGAAAGAUCCUCAGCGCCACCUCUUCGGUAUUGUCAGGAUGCUUCGCCUCAGAGAUGCCUACUUAGUUGAAGUCACUGUGAAGGUUGUGGCCAAGUUACUGACUAGGCUGCGUGAGAACCAAAUCGACAUUCCAAAUGACUCCAAGACUUACGUUCAAGACUCUUGCGUCAAGUUGUCGACUACCGGCCGCUACCCAGUCGUUACCAAUAUGAACGACCAACAACGCGCUGAGCUUCUGAAAGCCCUGGGUGAGGAUGAUGACAUUGAAAUUAUCCAGAUCCAGCCGGUUUCUAAGGAGAAGCCGAAGAAGCAAAGUUUCCUCGAUGCUUGGUCAAAGUCCGGUUCUUCAACGCCUGCGUCCCAGGCGGUUCGGUCGAACAAGGACGAUGUUCUCGAGCUAAGUAGUUCUGUCGAUAAGAAACGAUCAAUCUUGGAUCAAAUGGCCGCUCGUCAGAAAGCGUCACCAAGCCUACCCCGACUGCCCAUCAAGCCCAAACUUGAGCCCGUGGUCUCUCAAGCAUCGAAGAACGCCCUGAUUGAGUCACGCAAGAAAGCCAAAUUGGAGAAAGCUAAGAGAGAUGCCGAUGAGGUUGCGAGAGUCCGCGCUCUUCGAGGCGCCGCUAACGUGGGUGAGGGCUCGGGGCUGAGGGGUCUUAGUGGCGUAGUUGGGAAAGAACAUACAACCCAGAAGAGUCAGAUCCUGGUCGAUAGCGAUGAGGAGGACGAGGAUGACUCUGGAGAUGAGGAUCUCAACAAUCUCAUUAACAAGGGACAACAAGGCCAAAAGGCAGUUGACGAAGCUCAGAGACGUCGCGAACGGGCAUUACUCGAGAAGACGCGCGGCCCAGUCAAGAAGGUAAAAGUGCAACGCUCUGCCAAGGAUAUGCGUGCCCGUUUGAUCCCCCCGAUGGAUCAGCUUCACCAAGCCAUUUUGGAGUGGGACAUCUUCCAUGAGGGCAAUGAUCCACCCUCGACUUCGUCUUCAAUGGCCAUUACCAGGGUCGCAAGCAUCUAUGCUCACCCUCAGGAGUAUAAGCAGACCUUUUUGGGUCUCCUGAUUUCUGAGGCGUGGCGAUCUUUCGUGACUGCUAAAGAUGAGACGACAUCUAAGCCCUAUGGGCUGAAGAUUGCGUCUCGUAUGAAUGUUGAUAAAUUCCUUGAAGUGACUGCCAGCAUUCCCAAGAUUGAGAGCAAGGAUAGAAUGCUGUCAGAGGGCGACAUCAUCCUGGUGUCAAAAGGCACUGAACCUCUGACGGAUAAGUCCGAAGCCCAUUCCCUGGCGAGAAUUUGGAAAACUACAUACAAGAAGGAAAGGCUAGAAGUGACAUAUCGCCUGAACAGCAAGAACAAUCCCUUACUUGCUGUUAAUGCUCUCGGUGUCGGCUCUGAACUUCAAGCUGUCAAGAUCACCAACAUGACGACUAUUGAGCGAGAAUAUGCGGCCCUUGAGAGUUUGCAGUACUACGAUCUGAUGCUUGAAGUCCUCAAGGCUGAACCAUCGCCCAUUUUGAAGUACGGCGAUGAGGCUGUAAAGGGCGUUAUGCAGAAUUACCAGCUCAAUCCUGGUCAGGCCAAAGCCAUUCUCGGUGCUAAGGACAAUGAUGGCUUCACCUUGAUUCAGGGUCCUCCUGGUACGGGUAAGACGAAGACAAUCGUGGCCAUGGUCGGCUCGCUGCUCACUGGUAACAUCCAACCUCCUGGAACAGCUAUCAAGCCCAAGCUUCCUACGCAAGCGGGCCAGACCGCCAUGCCGAAGAAGCUUCUUGUUUGCGCUCCCAGUAACGCCGCUGUGGACGAGCUGGUGUUGCGUUUGAAGCAAGGUGUCAAGACGAUGACCGGGUCAUUCCACAAGAUCAAUGUGCUUCGUCUGGGUAGAAGCGACGCAAUAAACGCCGCCGUCCGAGACGUCACUCUCGAUGAACUGGUCAAGAAGAGACUCGAAGGCGAUACCACGCAGAACAAAGCCAAGGAGGAGCGCGACAAGAUGCAUAACGACGCAGCGAAAAUCAGAGACGAGCUGGCAGAGAUUCGACCCAAGCUCGAUGAGGCUCGUAAAGCUGGUGACCGGAAUCUUUCGCAAGCCCUGCAACGAGCCUUUGAUCAGCUGAAGCGUGCUCAGAUUAACAUUGGAGCCAAGAUUGAUGAGGACAAGACUAGCGGCAACACAGUCAGUCGUGAAGCAGAGAUUCGCCGCCGGCAGAUCCAGCAGGAAAUUCUCGACGGAGCUCAAGUUCUCUGCGCCACGCUCAGUGGCAGCGGUCACGAGAUGUUCAAGAACCUGAACGUUGAGUUCGAGACAGUCAUCAUCGAUGAGGCCGCGCAGUGUGUCGAGCUCAGCGCCCUAAUCCCGUUGAAGUACGGCUGCACCAAGUGUAUUCUCGUUGGUGAUCCGAAGCAGCUGCCUCCCACCGUACUCUCUCAAUCCGCCGCUAGGUUUGGCUACGACCAGAGUCUGUUCGUCCGAAUGCAACAGAACCACCCAGACUAUGUCCAUCUUCUCGACCGCCAAUACCGCAUGCACCCCGAAAUCAGCUUAUUCCCCAGCUUGGAAUUCUACGAAGGCAAGCUCGUUGACGGAGAAGAUAUGAGCGCCCUCCGCCGCCAGCCUUGGCACGCAAGCGCUCUCCUUGGCCCCUACCGCUUCUUUGAUGUCGAGGGUACCCAGUCGAAGGGCAGCAAAGGUCGCUCGUUGGUGAAUCACUCUGAGUUGAAGGUUGCUAUGCAGCUUUAUGAGCGAUUCAAAACGGAUUUCGGACGAAACUACGACGUUCGCGGCAAGAUUGGCAUUAUUACGCCGUAUAAAGCUCAGUUGCAAGAGCUAAAGUGGCAAUUCUCGCGUCGUUACGGAGAUUCAAUCACCGAGGACAUUGAAUUCAACACCACGGAUGCCUUCCAGGGUCGAGAGUGCGAAAUCAUCAUCUUCUCUUGUGUUCGAGCCGACCCCACUGGCGGUAUUGGUUUUGUCAAGGAUAUAAGACGCAUGAACGUUGGUCUCACCCGUGCCAAAUCAUCCUUGUGGAUAUUGGGAGAUUCUAGAGCACUGGUGCAGGGAGAAUUUUGGAACAAGCUCAUCGACAACGCGAAGCAAAGAUCACUCUACACCAAGGGAGAUGUCAUGUCGAUGUUGCAAAAGCCGAGUGUUCUACAGGCGCUGCCUCCGCUGUCGAAACCCGUGCAGCGGGAUGACUCUGACGUUGAGAUAGCAGACCAACCUCAGGCCAAAGACGUUGACACGGCAGAUGUGGCGCCCACGGCGCAACCCCGACUGCUGGCCCAGCCUGCCCAGCAGCCGCAGGCGAACUACACUGUGGCGGAACGUCGACCGGGUCCUUGGGAGGGAAACAACCGAGGCGAGGUACACCCUUCUGUCGCCCGAAACUCUGAUCGACCACCGAUCAUCCAAUCAUCUACGGCGAAGCAGGAGUCCAAGAAGAGGCCAUCCGAUGCCAAUGAGGGACAGCGUGGCGCAAAGAGGAUGGCGACCGAGCAGAAUCGGCUGCCCAACAGACCGCCACCGACGGGUCCCAAAUCCAUGGGCCAGGCCAAGGAGUCGAAGCCGCCGAAGCCAGCGAAGGAUCCUUCGGCCAUGGUAGCCCUCGGUCUGACACCAGCUGCACGACCGCCGGCGAUGGAGACGACGGCAUCGUCUUCGAGGACAUUGCCUUCGAAUUCCUCACUUCCGCAAAAUCGUAAUUUACCCCCGAGACCUCCCGGACAGAAUGGACCAAACGGACCAGUCAUUCACAGAAAGAAGCAGAAGGCCGACCCCUUCAUUCAGAGAAGGCCUCACAAACGCUAG